UACUGUUUUCACGCGACUCGAGAAAACGCCUCGCACGCUGCCGGUUUCUCUCCUCCCUCUCUCUCGCGCGAAAAAAAAGGGGAGAGGUACAGAAAAAAAAGAAAAAAAUCAUCUUGAUGAUCGAGAUCAGCCGUAGACGGCGGCGAUGAAGCAGCGAACAUGGCCGCACCGUACGGACAACCCCCGCUUCACCGCCCUCCCCUUCGACGGCUCCAGCGUCGACGACCUCGCCGCCAAGUUCGCCCGCCGCCGCCACCACCACCACCACCAGACGGACCGCUCCGCCUCCACCUCCGCCUCCAGCCGGCGCGUCCCGAAGCCGCCGCCGCCGCCGCCGCCGUCUUCGUCGAGACUGAGAAGCCCCGCCUCGCGCUGGAAGCUGGCCCCCGCGGGAUCGCCGAAGCCCGCGCCCUCCCGCGACUUCGCGGGCCUGCCGUACGACGUGCUCGCGAGGAUCGCCGCCUCGUUCACGCAGUCGAACCUCCGGGCGGCGUCGCUGGUGUGCCGGUCGUGGAACGAGGCGCUCCGGCCGCUGAGGGAGGCGAUGCUGCUGCUCCACUGGGGGAAGCGGUUCAAGCACGGCCGGGGAGGGGCGGGGGCGAACUCGGAGAAGGCCCUCGACUCGUUCCUGAAGGGGGCGGCGCGUGGGUCCACGCUCGCCAUGGUCGACGCUGGCCUAAUGUACUGGGAGAUGGGGAAGAAGGAGGCCGCCAUCGAGUUGUAUAGGAAAGCCGCUUCGCUCGGUGAUCCGGCGGGGCAGUGCAAUUUGGGGAUUGCUUACUUGCAAGUUGAACCUGCAAAACCUCAGGAAGCUAUCAAAUGGUUACAACUAGCUUCAGCAGCCGGCCAUAUCCGUGCACAAUACCAAUUGGCACUUUGCCUGCAUCGAGGCAGUGGCCAGGAUACUAAUUUAGUGGAAGCGGCUAGAUGGUAUCUGAAAGCUGCUGAAGGUGGUUAUGUGCGUGCCAUGUACAAUGUUGCACUUUGCUACUCAUUUGGAGAGGGUUUUCACCGAAAUCGGAGACAAGCUAGAAGCUGGAUGAAGCGAGCAGCUGAUCGUGGUCACAGCAAAGCUCAAUUUGAGCACGGGCUGAGCCUUUUUUCUGAGGGUGAGAUGCUGAAAGCUGUUGUAUACUUGGAACUUGCUACUCGGGCUGGCGAAAGAGCAGCAGCUCACCUGAAGCAUGUAAUUCUCCAACAGCUGUCAGCACCAUCACGUGAUCGUGUAAUGUUUCUUGCUGACAAUUGGCGUGCUUUGCCUUCAUCUCGCUGAGGUUCUCUCUAGGAUUACAAUCGUGGGCAUCCAAGUUUCUGAGGGCAAAUGGGACUAUUAUGGUGGACCUAGCUGCUGGUUGAUGGCUUUCCUUGCUUGUGCUCCCUUACUGCACUGUGAUGAAGCUGAUCUUUGCUAUUAGUUUCCAAAGCGUGCUUUAUAGGAAGCGGACAUAUGGUUUGAUGUAAGGAGGGUUGAAAUCCACAUGGAAACCCUCGCAGACUGUAAGACAGUUUGCCAACUCUGUAAAGUCAUAAACAGACACAAGAAUUCUUGCGAAUGAUGAUAGUUGAAACCUGAAACUAGCAAUCCGGUCCUCCGUCCAAAUGUUCAA